UGAGAGGUGAGGAAGCCGCUUUUGGGGUGAUUUGUGAUGGGUUGGGGGAUGAGCAAGAAAGAGUUGCAUUUUGAAGAGAGAGAGAGAGAGAGAGAAAAGAGGUGGUAUUGGGGUUAUGGCGAGUGAUAAGGGGACUGCGAGGUCGAUUCAGCGAUUGGAAGUACAAGGUGGCGGUUCCUAUGCCUCUACGAUCCCUGCAGGGUUCUUAGCCAAAGAGAGCAACAGCAGCAGUGGAGCUUACGAUUUGGGAGAAUUGGACCAGGCUCUAUUUUUGUAUCUCGAGGGCCACAAUACACAUCCUUCGGUUGCAGACCAAAGACAUUGUACAGAAAUUCGCCCACCCACUCUCAACAUAUUCCCCUCACAACCCAUGCAUGUUGAUCCAUUGCUAAAGGGAGUAGGAUUGGGAUCUUCAUCAGGAGAUAGAAAUAACAAUACCAAUAAUAGUAAUAAUAGUAGCAGUAGUAAUAUACAAUUGGGGUUUGAUUCUCCAACGAGUAGCAGCGGAGUAAGCAACAAGAGAUCAUCAUCAGAGCAGCAGCAUCAGCAGCAAUCAACGAUGAUGAUGGAGUUGGCAAAUCCGAGGACUGAUCUGACAUCAAAACCCCCUGAACCAGAUAAAGUUUCAAAGAGAGAAUCGAUUCGAAAGGGAGCAGCAUCCAGUUCAGAGCAUGAAGGACCAAAAACACCAGACCCUAAGACAUUGAGAAGACUCGCACAAAAUCGUGAAGCAGCACGAAAAAGUAGACUCAGGAAGAAGGCGUACGUUCAGCAGCUGGAGUCGAGUAGGAUGAAGCUAAACCAGCUCGAGCACGAGUUGCAAAGAGCAAGAGCACAGGGUAUGUUCUUUGGUGGAAGCGGCAUGCUAGGUGACCAAUCCCUUCCAUGCGGUAGUGGCAAUUUGAGCACAGAAGCGGCGGUGUUCGACAUGGAGUAUGGGAGGUGGCUGGAGGAGCACCACCGGCUGAUGUGCGAACUGAGGGCAGCGGUUUCCGAGCAUUUGCCGGAGAGUGAGCUCCGGCUUUACGUGGAUAAUUGCUUGGGUCACUAUGAGGAGAUGAUGGGGUUGAAGAGUAUGGUGGCUAGGGCCGAUGUUUUUCACUUAGUGUCCGGCAUUUGGAAGACACCGGCUGAGAGGUGCUUCCUAUGGAUGGGAGGCUUUCGACCCUCCGAUCUACUCAAGAUGCUCGUGCCACAAAUUGAGCCCUUGACUGAGCAACAAUUCCUAGCAAUGUGCAGCCUACAACAAUCAUCUCAACAGGCUGAGGACGCUCUCACACAAGGCAUCGAAGCCUUGCACAAAUCUCUCUCAGAGACAAUUGCAUCAGGCUCAUUGACUACCCCUACCAUUAUGGCCAACUACAUGGGCCAAAUGGCCUUAGCCAUGAACAAGCUUGCCAACCUCGAGGGCUUUGUAAGACAGGCAGAUAAUCUGAGGCAUCAGACCCUUCAACAGCUUCACCGGAUCCUCACGACUCGGCAAGCUGCUCGUUGCUUUCUGGCCAUCGGCGAGUAUUUCCACCGCCUUCGAGCCCUCAGCUCUUUGUGGCUCGCUCGCCCCAAACAAGAAUAAUUCUUUUCUCUCUACAUUUAGAAAGAGAGAGAAAGAAAUAUGCCAAAAACAAAGAAAAAAUCAAAUGAAGAGAAAACAGUUUUUAUCUCGUACACUUAUUUUCAUCACCUUCAUCACCAAGGGCACCCACCGCUCUCUCUCUCUCCUCUCUUUCUCUCUCUCUAAAUGCUGUACAAAUACGACUUGUAGACAGGUGUCACACAUGUAAGGGAAGGGAUGGCUCGUGGGAAGGUUGCUGGUCCAUUUGGCAAUUGGCAACCAUGUAUGAUCCCCCGGGCUACAUUUUGCAUUGGAUAUUUUGAGUUCUUUUGUUAUUAGAGAAAAGCUCCUAUUUAUUUUGGCACCU